UAGGCCUACCAUGUGUUUCUUUUUGAGGCAGUGGUAAAGGGUUGGCCAGUUAAUGAAUAACGCACAAGGUGCAACCUUCACUAGACAUUUACCCUGAUCUUACAGAAAGACUCAGAAUAUGAUCUGUGUUCCUUUAACCAUGACUUUGAUUGUUGGAUGAACUUUGAUGUCAGUUGUGACAGGAACACAUGCUGUGGUGUAAUGGCAGACCCAAACGUUCAAACACCCUCCUCUAGCUCCUCUGCUAAACUUGACCAUGUACAAGGUCAAGUUAAUGAGGUGAAAGUUAUACUCAAAGACAAUAUCAACAAGGUGCUGGAAAGAGGGGACCGAUUAGAUGAUCUCAUUGGCAAAACAGACGACCUACAAGCAUCCGCUGACUCCUUCCAAAGAACGUCUUCUCGAGUUGCCAGGAAAUACUGGUGGAAAAAUAUUAAGAUGAUGAUCUUAAUUGGUGUGGUUGUUUUGAUCAUUGUCAUUCUCAUCAUUUUGUUUGCCACAAAAGUUAUAUAAAUCUUAAGGAUGUUAAUUAUAUUUAUCUAAAUACUGAGCACUUUUUAAUUGUAAUGUUGGGCUAUAUGAUGGUAAAAAAAAUCUAUUUAUUUAAGUUUAAACCCGACAUUUAUACCUUGGCUAUUCCAUGUAUUUGUUAAUUAGGCAUUUAAAAGUUCUAAAAUAAGCUUAACUGACUUCUGAGUUUUGUUGAGGUGUUAUUUAAAAUAUCCAUGUCCUUGCUCCUUGUCCAGAGCUCUCCCCUCUGCAUAAUAUCGUGUGUAAUAUAGUGUGAUAAUCAAAGAAGGAAGUGUUUAGUUCAUACACUGUGAGCAGAGUUUUUUAAUGUGUGCAGGUAUCCUAUUGUUGUUAGCCUCAAUUUAACUCGCCUUAAAUUUUCUGCACAGGCCGAUGUUUAAUUUUGGCUGACCUACUGCAUAAAGAAUUACAUAUACAUAAAGUUUCAUUUGAACGCUUUGA